GGGUGCAUAGUCAUGGUAGACGCGGGGCGUUGCAAGUAACUUUCAGAAUAGCGUUAGGUGCCAUGGAGUACGAACAGCUUUAUGCGGGCGCUCUUGUCGCCUUUGCUGCCGUGCUUAUGCUCUUGCAGCAGUUCUGCCGAAAGUCCAGCUUGAAGAAGCUGCCACCUGGGCCACUAAAAUUGCCUGUUAUCGGUUCCUCCUAUAUUAUUGGAAGGUACUCGAACCCAUGGGAUGCGUUUAGCGACCUGCGCCGGAUCUACGGUGAUGUGUACUCAAUCAAUCUCGGCUCAAGACGAUGCCUGGUGGUCAGCUCUCUUGACGCUCUUCGUGAAGUGUUGGUCACAAAGGCGACCGACUUCGCUGACAGGCCGGAUUCUCUUCGUUACCAUGCGAUAUUCAAGAACAACCGGAAUUUCUCUAUAGCGUUAUGCGACUGGUCUUCAAAGCAACGAACAAGACGGGAUCUUUGUUACCCAGUCAUGCAUCCGAAGCAAGCGUCCACAGAACAGUCGCGACUGAGUAAUUGUAUAGAAACUGAACUGAGAUACCUGAUUGCCGAGCUUUCCCGGACCGCUGGCAAACCCAUGAAUCCACGACAAGUGCUCCUGGUCACCACUGCGAAUAUCUUCUACACGUUCUUCUGCACGGAGCGCUUCGAUCCUGAAGACCCAAAAUUCUUGCGCAUUGUGGACUUUUACAAUGAAGUAUUUCAUCAGCUCUUCCAGGGAUUCGCCAUCGAUUUCAUGCCUUGGUUAAAGGUGUUGCAAAGCAAACAGCUGUGUGUUCUCAAGGACAAGUCAAUGGAAAUCUACCGCUUCACCUUGGCCAUCAUGGACAGGCGGGAAAAGGCCAUGGCCAGUGGAAUCUGUGCUGGACUGGAUCAGGCGCGCGACCUCAUGGAUGUGUUGCUGCUUUCGCUCAAAGGUCCCAACGCCGAAGGCAAGCUGGACAAGGUCGACGUCGCAGUCGUAAUAGAGGACCUCAUCGGCGGCCACUCGGUCAUCGCCAACCUCUGGGUUUGGUGCCUCUACAUCCUCGCUGACUAUCCGGAGAUUCAAAGCAGGAUACGAGAAGAAAUCGGGGUGAUAAUCGCAUCUGAGGGGCGACUGCCUUCUCUUAUGGAUCGGAGUCGCAUGUGCUACACCGAGGCCACGCUCUACGAGGUGAUGAGGGUCGUCAACUCGCCCAUCAUCCCGCAUGUCUGCUGCAAUGAUACCACGGUCCAAGGUUUCCACGUGGACCGAGGCACCGUCGUGAUGUUCAACACGAACGACAUGAACUAUUCUUCGGACCUUUGGGACACGCCGUGGGACUUCAACCCUGAAAGGUUUCUCAGCGAUGACGGCCAGUACGUCCUCAAGCCGGGCCACUUCUUCCCUUUCGGCACCGGCAAGCGCUCCUGCAUGGGCGACGGCCUCGUUCGCGCCACGCUGAUACUCGGCCUGGCGACGCUGUUCACACGCUUCGAGCUCUCACUGGCCCCCGGCCAGGUGCCCGCGAGUUUCGUGGAGUCCCGCAGCAAAGUCAUUUUUGACCUCGAUCCUAAGAUCGUCUUCACGGAGGUCGCACCACGCACGCAAUGUCAGUAGUUCGCGUUUUAGCGCUGCUCGCAUGAGCACGUGCACGGGCUUACCCCGCAACUGUCUUUUCUCUAUUCAUCUCAUCGCCAUUCGCGCGUCCUUGGCGCUUCAUACACCCCAGUUUCGUUCAGGCUUAUGUACAGCGGAGCUCGCGGUUCUUUCGUUUUCACGGAAUUUGCCGGGAGUCUACUGCGUAGUACACGGCUUGAGGAGGCUGGUAACGUCAGAAUGCCAGUGUUUGGGACACCGGUCAUGCGUGUCUCUGAAAUCUAGGUAUGGGGCUCGGAUCUCGAAUGUAUUGCUGCACGCAGUUUUUCCAGAAACUCCUGGGAAACGUGCACAUCGGCCUCCCCGCUGGGAAGUGCAGAAUAUUCCGCAGCGUGCGCGACGAGAACCGCGUCGUGUCGAACAGUUCCAUGACCUCGCGUUCCUGCGCGGACCAAGCAGCAGCUGGCACUAACCCCACCAGUAUUCACGCAUCUUCACAGGAUCAAUCGCUCGGGACAGCGGCUCGGGCAAGUGGGAUGCUCGGGGCUUGGGCCAAGCACGCAAAGGCGCAUUUCGUUAUCGCUUGAGCUUAUACGGCCGCGCGGCGGCGCGGUCGCGCGCAACCGAAACCCGGCCUCAACUCAGCUUCGUGCUCCCGUGCCACUCGUGGGCGUCGCUGCCCCAGCGAACUCCUUGUUUCACUAACUCUCGUUCAUAUACUGUUCAUACCUUAUUCAGCUGGUCGUCGCAUCCUUCUGCGACAACUGGGUCAGGCGGUCGAAAGGUUUAGCGCCUCGCUCACCGUUGUCUGCUGGUCCAGUCGUGCAACUCUCGUGGAACUGCUGUCAUCAGCGUCGACUGAAUUCUUCCAGCACCCGCAGAUGUAGAAAUUUGAGCUGCCAAGUCAGACAUGUCAAAUAGUGUUCGUCUCAAUAGAGGCCAAUUGCCUAUCAUUCUUGCACUUCGAGCCACUUGGAACAGUGUCCUCUAUAGACCUGUGCCCCAGGACUUGAGCGAUUCAACUGCGAUCCAAAGUGAUGGUGUAUCGUACGCGUCUCAGCUCGGUGGGGCUUUGUACUCUCCACGUCAGCGUCCCCGAUGUUCAGUCACGUCCAUUAGAGUUUACGCAGUAACCCUGACGCUCAUAUGCCAUGCGCGCCCUCACAACACAUCCUGACCCGACGACUGGAGCGUGGGCGUCCAGCCGCCGCAGCCAGAGGUGCCCGCGUGUGGUGCGGUGAGCGCGUAGCUGCUGCUGGGGUUGGGGACGUGCGCGCGUCUACACACGCGUGAGCCAAACCGCGGCCGAAAACUUCGAGCGUACGUUCGCCACUGCGACUCAACGGUCCGAGCUCUGGGCUUCCCUCUUGACCUGAACCUUUGGAUGCGUGCGCAUGGACUCGCGCCCUCUGCCUCCAGGAUCUGUCUCAACUUGCCAUACCGAAAUCGCUUCUAAUAUUGUGCUAAUUUUAUCGCUACUUAUGCAGUUGAAUUACUGCUCUUUAUACAGCAAAUUGAAUGUUUUUUUUAUGUGCUACCUUUGUAUUGGACUUUGUAGAGCACAACUUCAAAUAACGUUGUAAUAAAGCUUUGCUUUCAGAAAUUU